AUGGAUGCCUUCGUAAAGCAACAUUGCCGUGCAGCCAAGUACGAUAUUUUGAGCGGCGGGGCGAAUGAAGAUUUAUCCUCCCGUGAAGGUUUCCAUACCUUGCUUUUGAAGGGAUUACGUCUCAUGACCUUUGCUUUGGUCAUGUGCGGCCCGCCUUGUAGCCUCUUCAUCUUCUUGAGUUCAUCGCAGCAUUUGCGCCAUUUGUAUGGAGCAAUGGGAUCUCCGUGGGAUGUGCCAACGCAACUGGCAAACAUCAUUGCCGGAAACAUGGCAUGCUUCCUGCAUAUCAUCAAGAUUGCUCGCAAGCCCUGGAUCGUUGUUGAGCAACCAAAGGGAUCUUGGUUGCUUAAACUUCCUCGGGUGUUGGACCUGAUCAGCACGUGCAAGUUCAUGCGGGGCCACCAACUUGAGAAAGCCACUACGUUGGUGGGUGACCUUCCAGGUUUGAAGAGUUUGAAACGCGUUAUUACCAAGAAGAAGCGGGAACACUACAAGAAGAUUCGGGCCAAGAAGAACCAGCCUCCAAUGUACAUUGUGACUGAGCGUGGAGUUCAUGGCACGCGCCAUCUGGCCAAAUCCGCUGUGUAUCCCACGCGCUUUUGUACCGCCUUGGCAAAGCUAUGGCUUAGAGAUCUUAGAGAACACCAAGGAUACCAAGGUUUGCCAAGCUCAUACUGA